UGUGCAACUCAUCCCAAAUUCGAAGAACGCCCAAUUUCGUCAUUUCACAACAAAAAGCUAAUGAAGAAUUCGAAAAGCCAGUCCAAAAAUCGAUGCUACUUUCCAAUUCCCCAUUACCUCAUCAGCAAUCCUUCAAACAUUUGGCGGGCAAAAAUUUCAAACCCACUCCCAAAAAUUCCCACCCUCUCUCCUUAAUGACCACCAAAUCAAAAUCAAAAUCCAAGAAAACCCUAACCCCAAACCCAACAGAAUGCACAAACCCAAUCCCCGACAUCGAGGAUUUCUCCCCGUCAGAAACCCUAAAAAUCCGAUCUUCACUCCUCCGGUGGUACGACGAGAACCACCGAAAGCUCCCGUGGAGAAAAGAAACCAAUCAUGGUGACGACGAUGAGGGGAGAGCUUACGCUGUUUGGGUCUCCGAGGUGAUGCUGCAGCAAACUAGGGUUCAGACUGUGAUCGGGUAUUUCGAUCGCUGGAUGGAGAGAUGGCCGACCGUGCAGCACUUGGCUGCUGCGGAUUUGGAGGAGGUGAACGAGAUGUGGGCUGGACUGGGGUACUAUCGACGAGCUCGAUUCUUGUUAGAGGGAGCAAAGGCUGUUGUGGAAGGAGGGAACUUCCCUCGAACAGCUGCAGCUCUUCGUGGGGUUCGAGGGAUAGGGGAGUAUACUGCAGGGGCUAUUGCUUCUAUUGCUUUUAAUGAGGCAGUGCCUGUUGUUGAUGGGAAUGUGAUAAGGGUGAUCACUAGGCUUAAAGCAAUAUCAGCCAACCCAAAAGAAACUGCAACUAUGAAGAGCAUAUGGUAAGCACAAACAAACAAACCAGAAUCAAAAUCUUCAUCUCCUUCAAGACCUGGAGAUUUCAACCAGGCCAUCAUGGAACUGGGAGCAACUUUGUGCUCUGCAACUAGCCCUAAUUGCUCUUCCUGCCCAAUUUCUGAUCAGUGUCGUGCACUUUCAAUCUCAAGUAAGUGCAAAAAAGUUAAGGUUACAGAUUACCCCACAAAGGUUUUGAAGGCGAAGCAAAGGAAGGACUUUGCUGCUGUUUGUGUUGUUGAGAUAGCAGAUAGCUUGAACUCGAAGAAUAGGUAUCUUUUAGUUAAGAGACCAGAUGAAGGAUUGCUUGCUGGUCUUUGGGAGUUCCCAUCAAUUUUAAUUGAGGAAGAGAAAACCGAUAUGGGAACCAGGAGGGGAACAAUGGAUAAGUAUCUUAAGAAGUCAUUUGGUAUUGACGUUGGAAAAAACUGUGAUUUGACGCAAAGGGAGGAUGUUGGAGAGUAUCUCCAUAUUUUCACUCACAUUCGACUCCGUUUGUAUGUGGAGGUGCUGAUUCUGAAUCUGAAAGGAGGGUUGAAUUUUUUUGACGACAAGUAUCAAAGUAAAAUAACAUGGAAGUGUGUGGACGAGGAUUCCAUCAUGAGCCUGGGAUUAACCUCAAGUGUACGAAAGGUUUAUGAUAUGACAAAAGAAUUUAAGCAGAAAAAGAUCUCUCAGCAGCCUAAAACUAUAUCAAGGAAGAGAACCAAGAGAUCAACUUAAGUCUUCUGCAUCAUUCUUGUUUGCCUAUAUUGCUUGUACCAGGGUUUUAUACUUUAUAUUUAAUUAGUGCGUGCUGUAAUUGGCCUUUUUGAAUUGUCCCAGUAUAGAGUGGAGGUUGGUCCUUAAGUUGCGACCUAAACAAGUAUCAAGCGUAUGUAUUUGUUGCUUGGAAAAGGCGGGGAGGUUACUUUUGUUGGAAAAGAAAUAGGGUUUUGCCUUUUCUGGUUAUUUUUCAUCUAGUCAUGCUCCUUUUUUGAGGUGGUAA